CUUCACGUUGACCCUGUAAAAGUUGUCAAUUUACCUUGAAUCACUUCUCUUCUUUCCAUAAGAUUGAGAAUUUAUUUUUUUAUUUAUUUUCUUUUUGUUCUCACCUAAACCAAUUAUUAGUAAUUAUUAGUAUCUGUUCAUUCGGAAUCGUAAUCAACAAUUACAUGGUGAUACUAUUCUCAUCAAUUGGGAAGAGAGAAAAGGUGGAGACCUGCAUGAAGCAGGGUGAAACGCUUAAUGUUUAUGUUGUCAUCUCAUCUACACCACCAAAGUCUAGUUGUAGUCUGAUUAAUAUAGUUUAGUUGAUUUUUGUUUCUUCAUUAGAAUCAAUUAUUUUAUCUUGUUGAUUGUUACCAUUUCGUGUUAACCAUUAUAAUCAACCAUCAACCAUUAACCAUCCAUCGUUUUGUUAUCACAAGAUUGUCAAGUAAUAAUACCACCAAACCUCACUUUACUCCUGAAAUGUUCGUUUUGAUGCUUUGAUUGUUUUGUUUCGUGCACCUUUAAAUCACCGAUUGAUGCUGUGUCUUUAUUAUGUUGAAAGCAGGCGAUUUUAAGGUCUGUCUUUCAUCCAUUGAGUUCUCAGUUUUUUAUCAACAGCCUACCCCUAAAUGCUGUCCCUCAUGUGGAUAUUUCUUCUCGCCGGAAACACUUAGUGAAGUUGCCUCUCGUUACUUUCGAGAAUCAUAUUUUCGCUUAUCAUCCCUAAUUCUGGUUCUUGGUGUUGGCUCUUGGCUGUGUUACAAACUGAUAAUCAAAAGAAAGCAGAAAAUUAAACCCAAAAAACCCAUGCCUUUUUGUUCGAAUCGAAAUAUAAAUGAUCAAAUAAUUUUUGAUAGAAUGGAUAAAUUGUUCAACUAUCGAUCCUCUCCAUCUUCUUCCGCAACUGCCACGGCAGCAGCAGCCGCCGCUGCCGCUGCAGCAGCUGCUGCAGUGUACAGCAAUCUCAAUCAUCAUUCUAAUCUCAAAGUUAACUCUGCUGAUUCCCAUGGUCUUCCAUUAUCUGGAGAAACGCCAUACACUGUCUCAUAUUCAGAUUCGGACGAUGAUAUGGAAGGAGAUUACUAUAUUGAUGAAAAUGAUACCUCUUAUAUCAAAGCAAUGGAUCAAUACUCAUACCUAAAACGUCCCCACUCCAUCUCAUCUCAAUCAGGAGAAAUAGGCGAAGGAACAAUAGCCAAACUUGAUCAAUUAUUGCACCAAAUUGAGGAUAUCAAAGAAUCUGUUGGAGAAAUGAAUUCAGAUCUAUUCAAUGUCCACUCAUACGAUCAUAAUCGUCUAUUGGCUUCUAAUUCUAUCGAUGAAGAUGAUGGACAUUUAUUAACAUUGAUUGGACAGUCGCUUGAAGAUAAUCAUCCUCCAUUGGAUGUUUUAGGCGACAAAGAGGAUCCUCAAACACCAAGUUUAGAAUGGGAUUCUAAUGAUAUCAGUCUUUUUUCCGACCUCAAUAUUUACCAAGGAUCUAACACACAAGCAUCAAUUUUAUCAUCAUCACCUUAUAAUACUAGUAAUGCACUCAUGACAACAUCAACAGCAAUAAAACAAAAUUCUGCAGCACCUCAAUCUUCAUUAUCAUCUUCAUCAAUGAUUGCAAAUAGUAAAAACAGUAAUUUGUUUAAACCAUUUGGACCUGAUCAUAGGAGCCCUGUGAUUUUAGAUAAUAAUUCCUUAUCCGCCUCUUCAUCUUUUCGCAAUUUCAAUAUGGAUACCUCACUUACCAAUCAUACUGUUGGAACCAUGUCAUCAUCUGGUAUUACAUCUAUUGAUGGAUCUCUACUUUCAUCGCCUGAUCAAGAGCGAGUCCGCCUUGAGUCAAUCCAUGAUCUGCUUAAAGAGGCUCGUCGACUUGGCCUGCUCAAUGAUUUGAUCAAGUUCUUGUUGAAAAAUGCAAAUAGAGACUCAGCUUAUUUUGAGGAGUGAAAUUAACUUUAAUAAAUAAGAUACUCUAAAAUAAAAUUAUAAAUUAUGGAAAUAUAUGAAAAUUAGAGAAAAAAGUGUGCUGAUUAUAUUAUAAAUCAGAUAUAUUAAAUGGUCUGUAAAUAUGCAUAUGUUAAAAUGAGCAUGAAACUAUAUUAUAAAAAAAUACUCUAUAUUAUGUUUAUCGUGAAAAUAAUUACAAGAUAAAUUGUUUUAAUUAAUUACUCAAUUAUUGAGUCACAAAUUCUAGCCUAUUUUCAAAAUUAAAUUAGAGUUACUGUCAA